UACACACACACACACACACACACACACACGCACACACACGAGAGAAGAUGGGGGAACACGCUACCUUCACGCGCUGAAUCAAUGUCAUUGCUGCUGUCAUUCUGGAAUAUUGUCAGCUCUGAGGAUUACUGCCAGACAACUGGAUCAAAUCUCCUACAUCAUCAAUCCUUCCUCAUGAGGAAAGAUGGGGAACGGAUUGUCAGAGCAACCCAGCCUCCUCUCAAACAUCCCCUUCUUCCAGUCGUUCCACAUCGCCAUCCUCGGGCUGGACUCGGCAGGAAAGACCACCGUGCUGUACAGACUGCAAUUCAAUGAGUUUGUCAACACGGUGCCCACCAAAGGUUUCAACGCCGAGAAGGUUAAACUGUCUCUGGGCGGCCACAGGAGCGGCACGUUCCACUUCUGGGACGUAGGCGGUCAGGAGAAGCUUCGCCCCCUGUGGAAGUCGUACACGCGAUGCACAGACGGUAUUAUAUUCGUGGUGGACUCUGUGGACGCAGAACGCAUGGAGGAGGCUAAGACGGAGCUCCAUAAAAUCGCUAAGACGUCUGAGAACCAGGGGGUGCCUCUGCUGGUGGUAGCCAACAAACAGGACUUGAGGCACUCUUUAGGACUCGCUGAAAUUGAAAAAUUGUUGGCGCUGAAAGAACUGAGCCCGGCGACCCCCUGGCACCUGCAGCCAUCCUGCGCUAUCAUAGGUGACGGACUCAGGGAGGGCCUGGAACUCCACGACAUGAUCCUGAAAAGGAGGAAGGUGCUCCGGCAGCAGAAGAAAAAGAGAUGAAGUUGUCACUAGAAAAAAGACUUUGUGACUGCUGUUUUUAUGUGAAGGAAACAAAGGAUUCUCUGCGGGUUGCAGGUCCAGAUUCAUCAUGCUGAGUUUUAUCAGUCCAGUAAUUUGAGAUGUAGGAUUCCCGGCCUUGGUCUAGUGAUGAUGCUGUUGAUCAGGAAGUGACACAUAGAAAAGGAAUACAGUAUGAAGAUGAGAAAGGUUCAGACAUGUGUGGAUAGGUUUAUAAAGAAGUUUUUCUGACGAUCCAAAGCACUGAGGGUUUGGGGAAUGGAAGGGUGACAGAAGUUAAGGACGCUGUAUGUUUCAUGAACGGCUUUUCCAAACACGUUUUACCAAAAAUAUUUAAGAUAAUUUCUCACCAGUUGAAGGGUAAAUUGGUAAAUGAUUGAAGGUUGUUACACCAGGGGGUCAAUUAAAUAUCAGUUUUAUUUCACUGUUGAAUAUGUUAUUAUAAUUAGGUUUUUUUACACUGGACUUUCUACGUUUAAGAAAAGUAUUAUCAUGCAUCAUCAUUAUCGAUUUGUUUGCUGGCUUACAUCUCUGUUUUUUUUUUAUGAGCACUUUAGAUUAUUACUUCGUAUGAAGUUUAUAAGUUUUAAAUAGAGCAUAUGUGUUGGAUUUUCACUGAAAUGAUGGGGGGGGGGAACAACAAAUGUUACUGUAGUUGGUCCGUGGUGACCGCUUUAUGUUUUGCUUAAUAAAACAUAUUUACAGCAAUGUUGACGCUUGAGGGAAUCAUUAUGAACACAAUGUUUCUAGAGAGAUUUCAUCUAAAAGUCAUGUAGUUGUAGUAAAGGUGCUGUGUGGAAGUUUAAAGAUACAGUAUGUAGAUUCUGCCGUCAAGGAGCUCACAAUCAAUACUACAAUAACAAAAGUGAUGUCGAGGGAGGCGUGGAAUCAUGGGAGUUCUCUCUGCUACUCCACCCCCAUCCCCCAGGGGAAACCAAACUCUGCGUUGACCAGAGUCAAGACGACAAACGGGCAAAACCGACAUGAGGAUGAGAAUAUGUUUACUUAAGAUGUAUCCAAGUGCAGUUUACAUGAUGUUUUUAACAUCCGGUGUUUCCACGGCAACGAUAAACAUUCUGCCUAUCAUGGCGGCUCUGUGACGGCGGGUGCCAUGACAAGACAUGUCACAACUAUAAAAUUACGGAUUUCUUUAGCUUUGAUAACCUUUUGGAAAUAUUUGAGGUAAUCUAAGUACUCAACAAAAAAAAUAGAAUAUAGGUUUCGUCAAUUUUGAAUCAAAUUAGAUAUUUUAAUGUAAACACUCAUAAAAUUCUACAUGUUGUAUGUUGAAGGUGUUAUCGAUUUUGAUGACACCUGUCUACAAAAGAGAGGACAUAUCUCUUUGAUUUUGUCCUGUGCAUUGUAAAGUGAUGCUCUGUAACAAAAAAGCCUCCCUUCUUUAUUUUAAAUGUCUAGGAUGUAACUCACAACGACUCUUUGGUGUAGUAAAGUGUUUAAAGGCGGUUUUGAAUGUUUUUAAUAUUCAGAUUGUUUCAUUACCAGCCAGAAAACUCACAGGAGCUUUAAACAUGUUCAGGAUUGCAGCCCUCAUUCGGGGUGAUAGUGUACUCGAGCACAUUUGAGUAAGUAGGGAGUGUUAUUAAAACAAACAUGAUGUGAAACGAUCUGUCAGUGUUCCCUUUAAUGAGCCAUUAAACCAUAAAUUCUCGGCGUGUAGCUCCUGAAAAGCUGACAUUACAGUACUUGUUCUUCAACCACGAGAAUGUGAUGUUCCUGAAUAAACAAAACAUUGGCCAAGUA